ACCAAAUAUCACCUCAUCAAGACAGACAUGGCAGUUGAGCUUUUGCUCUCAUUUCUCCUUUGCAUCUUCUCUUUCUUCUUCAUCUUCUUCUUCUUUCCCACCGGAAGCUCCAAAUCGGAAAAAUCUAUCUCCACCCACCUCCCAAAAUCUUAUCCAAUCAUCGGUUCUUCUUUCGCUAUAAAUGAAAACUUCGACCGACUAGUCCAAUGGACGUCGGAUAUUCUCCAAAAAAGACCUUCUGCAACGUUUGUCCUCCACCGCCCUAUGGGCCACCGCCAAAUCUUCACUGGAAAUCCAUCCAAUGUUCGACAUAUUCUCAAGACUCAUUUUCAUCACUAUCAGAAAGGACCCUUCACUCGACACACUCUCUUCGACUUCCUUGGCAAUGGUAUCUUUAAUUCUGAUGGUAACACCUGGAAGUUUCAGAGGCAAGUUGCUAGCCAUGAAUUCAGCAACAAAUCUCUUCGUAAAUUUGUUGAGACUGUUGUUGAUACUGAACUCUCUGAACGCUUAAUUCCAAUCCUAUCUGCUGCAGCUGCCAACAGAACAGUUCUUGAUUUGCAAGAUAUUCUUCAGAGAUUUGCUUUCGACAACAUAUGCAAGAUUGCUUUUGGAUACGAUCCUGAAUACUUGUUGCCAUCUCUUCCACCCGCACCUUUUGCAGAAGCUUUUGAAGAGAGUGUCAGGAUUAUUAGUAAAAGAUUCAAUUGUUCUUUCCCUGUAAUAUGGAAAAUUAAAAAGUUUUUCCUUAUUGGAUCCGAAAGACGUCUAGAAAAAUCCAUGUCUCAAGUGCGUGAUUUUGCUAUGAACAUCGUGAAAGAGAAGAAAGAAGAACUCAAACAAAAAUCUUCCCUCGAAUCCAUUGAUCUCUUGUCGAGAUUCUUAAUCUCUGGUGUUUCUGAUGAGACCUUUGUGACUGAUAUUGUCAUCAGCUUCAUAUUAGCCGGUCGUGACACUACGUCUGCGGCUUUAACUUGGUUUUUUUGGUUAAUCUCGAAAAACCCACAUGUAGAAGCUCAAAUUCUUCAAGAAAUACAGGAAAAAUCAGACGUACCCAUCUUCGAAGAAGUGAAGGACAUGGUCUACACCCAUGCUUCCUUAUGCGAGACAAUGAGGUUGUACCCUCCCGUGCCUGUGGACUCCAAAAUAGCAAUAAGCGACGACGUUUUACCUACCGGGACGUCGUUGAAGAAAGGCACUAGAGUCACGUAUCAUCCAUACGCGAUGGGGAGGCUAGAAGCACUAUGGGGUCCGGAUUGGGCUGAUUUCAAGCCAGAGAGGUGGCUGCAGGAUGGAGACGGAGUGAACAACAAACGGAGUUUCGUUGGGAGAGAUCCCUACACUUAUCCAGUGUUUCAAGCUGGGCCAAGGGUUUGUUUGGGGAAAGAAAUGGCGUUCUUGCAAAUGAAGAGAGUGGUUUCUGGAGUUGUAAAGAGAUUUAAGGUGGUUCCAGCGACGGAGGAUGGCUUGGAGCCGGUGUUUAUUGCCUAUCUGACCAAUAAGAUGAAGGGUGGAUUUCCGGUGAGGAUUGAGGAAAGAAGUGCAUAGUAUAAAGUGUGUGUGAUUUGAAUGAAUGGAAAAUACUUACCCAGGUCUCUAUCACCCCUAGUGUAACACAAGAGCAGAUUCACAUUUAAAAUUUAUCGUUACAAAUUUAUGUAGAUUCACUUUAAAUAAGCUUUUUUCUAUAAAUAAAUUUAUAUUUCAAUAUAAUUAA